UUUAUGGUUUUAAAGUCGAAGGCGGCAGGUGAGUGUGUGGUAACACGGCCCAUGAGAUGCAGGAAGUGAAAGCGCUGAUCCAAGCCGAGUUCCUCCUGCAGGAGGAAACGGGCCUCAGAGCGAGGCGGUUAAUGAGUAACGCGCGAGGGGAGGUGCAGCCUUCAGCAGACGUUAGUUCAGCUCGGACCUCUCACAGCCCGCCGGAGACCCGAUCGCGCCGAGGACUUGGUUUUGUUCUGUAUGAGUCCUGUCGUCUGUGAUGGCUGACGCACACCCUCAGGCCCCGGGGCCCGGCUCCGCGGCCAAACUGGACCAGGUGCAGAGUCAGGUGAACGAGGUCAAAGUCAUCCUGAAAGACAACAUCAGCAAGGUGCUGGAGCGCGGGGAGCGGCUGGACGACCUGAUCGGGAAGACCGAUGACCUGCAGGCGUCUGCGGACUCGUUCCAAAAGACGUCCACGCGGGUGGCCCGGAAGUACUGGUGGAAAAACAUUAAAAUGAUGAUCAUCAUCGGCGUGGUUGUGCUGAUCAUUGUCAUCCUCAUCAUCCUCUUUGCCACUAACGUGAUCUAAGAGUCGUCUGGGUGCUCGGCCUCGUUCAUCAAGCAUUGAAAAGCCCCACUGGAGAGUCUGUGGUCAUUUCAGCUCAAACAAACACGUGUUUCAGAGCAAAAUAUUUAUUUAAAUCCAAAGGGUGUGUGAUUUUGUAACAACUGCAAGCUUAUUGAUUAGGCUGCGAUAAAAGGUGAAGAUGAGGAUGGAAAUUGUUAGAAACUUGGCUGAAAUACUUCCUUGAACACUCCACUAACAUGUGAUCUAAUAUUCACAUAUCACAAAAGGAUCACAAAAUCCAAACGUUUAUUUUUAUUACAUUGCAUUUCUUGAUGUCCAAUUACCUGCAUCUGUAUAUAUGUAUAUAUUUACAUAUAUACUGUGUUUGUGACUGUAAUUAUGUGUAUUAUAUGACUGACAAUAAAGAGUAAAAUGUAA